GGGAGGGGGAAUUGAAGAUGGAGGUCCAGGAGCGGGAAGCACUCACAGAAAAGUCAAAUGCUCUCCGAAUAGAACUGAAGAUAUGGGAAAAGGAAUUUGCGUCUGUCAACGAGGGCAAGAAAGCUUCACGAGAUGACAUUAAAAAGAAUCCCGAAAUUGCAGGGAAAUACAAAGAAUAUAAUAAGAUACGAGACCGACUCUCCGGAAAAGGACCGCCGACAUCCCCAGCCAGCAAGGGACAAACGCCUCGAAAGCGGAAACGUGAGGACAAGGACAAAUAUGGCGUUUCUAAACGACCACAGGUUGCGAAGACGCCUUCCAAAGGCUCAAUGCAGCCGUGGGAAGUGGAUCCAUAUGAGUCUCCUUCCUUAAUUCGAAAUCUGUUCACGCCCUCGAAGAAGAUUCUUGGACCAACCCCGCAGAAAGAUGGGCAGGUUUUGGGGUUAUUUGACCUUCUGGAGCAAAAUGGGACUGGAAACUCGCCUUCAAACGUGGAGAACGACGGAAAGGUCCCGAAACCCUCUGUUCUAGCUACCCCUGGCAAGCCCAAGACAGACCAAUUCGUCACAGUAAAGCAUAGUCGUACACCGGCUUCAGCUUCAAAACGGUUCUUGCUGGAUGCCUUUGCUACUCCACUGAAGAAUCGGGACCCAAGUUCCCAAGGAGGAAACACUCCGUCUUCAGUCUCGAAACUCCAUUUCUCCACGCCCUCCUUUCUUCGCCGAGAUAGCCAUAGGACCAAACUGCCCGUGCUUAACGAGAAUGAAGAGAAUCUCUUCCUUUCCCCGGAGAUGGUCAGAGUGCCAAGGAAACCACUGGUGAGAGGUUUAAGCAGUAUGCUUGCCGGCCUGCGGAAGAUGGAAGAUGAGGCAGCAGAUGAAGACCUAGAAGCUCUCCGCGAAAUGGAGAUGGAGAUGGAGGGUGGGGGCAAGCCAGCACCGAAACCAAAACCAAUAACAGUGCCUUCUAUUGUUCUAGUAGAAGACAGCCAGCCAGGCUUCCCACUCGGAGGGUUCGACGACGAAGCCCAAUUUGAUAGCGAGCCAGAAGAGCCGAAGAAUCUGACCCUAGGACGCGAGGGACAGCCCUUGAAAGCGUACAAGAAGAAAGGCCAGAAGCGGACAACGAGGAAAGUCAACAUGAAGCCCACACGAUCGAAACCUCAGACUAUGCCAGAAGCAGUACCUGAGGAUAGUGAUGACGAGCUGGCUGGAAAUGGUGAAGCUGUCCCUGAGACACAAGUCGACGAGACUACCGGAUUUGUUGACGCAAGAAAUUUCGAUUCAGACUCGCAGUCUGAGUACACAGCAUCAGAAGGAGGGACUCGAUAUAGAAGACCGAAUCAAGCCAAGAAAAGCAAGAGCGCCAAUAAGGAUGGGAAGAUUAAGACUGCGGCGAGGAAAGUUAAUGCAAUGGCACACCAAAAUUUCAAGAGAUUGAAAUUGCGGAAUUCCGGGGCGAAAGGGGGGCCGGGUCACAAUAGUCGGUUUAGAAGAAAGAGGUAA